AUGGGUUGUAUAAUUUAAAAAUAGACCAGAUAAUAAGGGAUUAAAUAGUAUGAUCCAAAACUAUAGCAAAUUGUAACUGUUCCAGUUUUAUAUGAUGCUAAGACUAAUCCUAUAGUUAAAAGGAGAUUACAAUAAGAUGGUCAAUCAUAAUCAGAAUAGAACAGAACGUCAACAAGAUUUUGA